AUGAAGACUUUCUUCGUCGCCGCAGCUGCCCUUUGCAGUGUUGCUUCUGCCUUUCCGUUUGCCCCUUGGAAGAUACUGGCGCCCCCACCGGCUGGCACCCAGUUCUACCAGCUUCAAACCAAAUCGGCCACCACAGCAGUGUCCGGUCAGUGGGUAUCGCUCAAGAGCGGCUCGACCUCGUACGUCCUUGCCAGUGCCCAAACUUCGGCGACCAAGUUCUUCACCAACAAGUACGAUGCGACGAGCACGUACGCCAUCCACAAUGCGGACGACACUCGCCAGAUUGCGUUGCAGGGUACCGACGGCGUGCUCUUAUAUCUCAUAGAUGCGACAAACCCCAGUUCCGACAACAUUCCCAAGGGCCAGCUGAUGGAAUGGGCGACCUUCACCAUGGACAACAAUGUCUUGGGCGUCAAAGACGGCAGCACCCUGACCAACCGCACUUUCGUUGCUGUCAAGGGAAGCGACAAUGGAUAUGGACUUGCGCUUUAUGACGGUGCUAGCAACACUACCCAAAACAUCACCCCAAUUACGAUUAACAUCGUGAAGUCCACCUAGGGAUGAAAGAGAAUUUGGCAUGGGGACUGGACAAAAGCUAGAUAGACUGCCAUCAGCUUCAAUGUAAAUAUCCUGUGAGACGCCCUUCAAGCGCCAUUUCGAUAGCGUAUUGUGUGAUGAUAUGACAGUUGAAAAUGUCGAAAUAUUGGAAUGUGUCGAGAUUGGGCGAGAUACGUGAACUGGUGAUGAAGACUUAGAACCGUGGGGAACUUUCGUGAUUUCUUCAGCUCGUCAAUCAGAGAACUAGCUCAAAGCCAAAGAGCAAUGGUACUGAUGAGAUUGAGA